AUGGAUGUCAUUCCAAGCCCCCAUCAACAACAAUUAUUAACUGAAGUAUCCGCUGGCCCACCAGAAAAAAUAACUAGUGAUUAUAUUGAAUUAAUUUCUUUGAUUAUUCUCUUUAUUAUCGGUGCACCUUUGAAUUUGGCUGCAUGGACACAGAUCUCAGAAAAGCCAGUUUCAUCAAGAUUGGACAUGCUUAAAAAACAUUUAAAUUAUUCUGAUCUUUUAGUUCUUUUUAUUUACGUUCCUUCUAGAGCUUGUUGGUUAGUAACAUAUGAUUGGCGUGGUGGAGACCUUUUAUGUAGAUUAAUAAAAUUUGCCCAUACAUUUGCUUUUCAGAUCUCAUCUAAUGUAAUUGUUUGUAUUGCCCUCGAUCGUUUACUUUCUGUUCUUAGUGCAACUUGCCGAAUGAGAAUAAUGCUUUUAAUUGCUUGGAUUGCUGCUGCUGUUAUUUCAGCCCCCCAAUUUGUUGUUUGGAAAUUAUAUCAGGCAUUUGACAAUCCCCCAUGGAGUCAAUGUAUGCAAAUAUGGGAAAUAGAACGAUCACAAUUACAACGAAAUAAUAAUUUUCACCUCGUUUCUAAUGAUUCGACAAUAAAAUUGCUUGACAGCAAAGUUAGAUUAAAUAAUUAA